CUUAAGAUUUUUUAAAAUUCUGAUUCCUAGUGUUUUGAUUCCACCAAUUAUCCUUCAUGCGUCCUACAGCCUACACAACCCACACUUUCUAAAUCAGAUUGGCUCAAUUAUUACGUUGGCCUUUGUGGGGACAGGGUUGAAUGCUGUUCUUAUUGCUAUGUUUCUCUACUUUUUCUAUUCAUAUCUUGUGAACCCUGGUAUGGGAAUACUUCACCUUCUAACCUUCUCCAGUAUUAUUGCUGCCGUUGACCCUGUUGCAGUUUUAGCAGUGUUUGAUGAUGUUAAUGUUGAUAAAUCCCUCUACUAUCUCGUUUUUGGGGAAGCACUGCUUAAUGAUGGAGUUACUUUCGUCAUGUUCGAGGGGUUCAAGUCAUUAGCUGUUCUGAAGGAUGUGUCAGCUGUCCCUGUAACAUCUUACGCUUCUGUAGCUUUAUCCUUUAUUACCUCGCCAUUAGGUGGGGUUCUAUGUGGAGUAAUCUGUGGAUGGUUUUCAGGAUUCUUUACUAAAUUCACUUCAGAAAAAAAUGAGUAUUUAGAACCGUGUACAGUCCUUUAAUUGUGUAUUUAUAUUUAGAACCA